AUGGGUUCUGCUGCUACUGAGGAGGGCACCAUUAACUCCUUCCCAUUGUGCUCGCCUUCUGCUCGGAGGAGGAAGAAUAGAGCUCAAGUAAACCGGAUUAUUGUGCAGCCAAGCACGAAGAGGAUACAUCAUGACGCUCAGUAUGAGGAUGUAGGAUGCGAGAUUUCAGAAGACCUGUCAGAGUGCGGUCUUAUUAUAGGCAUCAAACAACCAAAGUUGCAGAUGAUUCUUCCAGAUAGAGCGUACGCUUUCUUUUCACACACUCACAAGGCCCAAAAAGAGAAUAUGCCACUGUUAGAUAAGAUCCUUGAAGAAAGGGUGUCCUUGUUUGAUUAUGAGCUAAUUGUUGGAGAUGAUGGGAAACGAUCGCUAGCAUUUGGGAAGUUUGCUGGUAGAGCUGGCCUGAUAGAUUUCUUACAUGGUCUCGGACAGCGAUAUUUGAGCCUUGGAUACUCGACUCCAUUUCUCUCUCUGGGACAAUCUCAUAUGUAUCCUUCGCUCGCUGCGGCCAAGGCUGCAGUCAUUGCCGUUGCUGAAGAGAUAGCAACAUUCGGACUUCCAUCCGGAAUUUGUCCGAUAGUGUUUGUAUUCACUGGAGUUGGAAAUGUCUCUCAGGGCGUGCAGGAGAUAUUCAAGUUAUUAUUGCCCCAUACCUUUGUUGAUGCUGAGAAACUUCCUGAAAUUUCUCAGGCCAGGAAUCUGUCUAAACAGUCUCAGUCGACCAAGAGAGUAUUUCAACUAUAUGGUUGUGUUGUGACCUCUAGAGACAUGGUUUCCCACAAGGAUCCCACCAGACAAUUUGACAAAGCUGACUAUUAUGCUCAUCCAGAACACUACGCCCCUGUUUUUCAUGAAAGGAUUGCUCCAUAUGCAUCUGUCAUCGUAAACUGUAUGUAUUGGGAGAAGAGGUUUCCACCAUUACUGAGUAUGGAUCAGUUACAGCAACUGAUGGAGACUGGUUGUCCUUUGGUUGGUGUCUGUGACAUAACUUGUGAUAUUGGAGGUUCCAUCGAAUUUGUCAACAAGAGUACAUCAAUAGAGAGGCCUUUCUUCCGGUAUGAUCCUUCUAAUAAUUCAUACCAUGAUGAUAUGGAAGGUGCCGGAGUGAUCUGCUUGGCUGUUGACAUUCUCCCUACAGAGUUCUCUAAAGAGGCCUCCCAACAUUUCGGAAACAUAUUAUCUAAACUUGUUCCUAGUUUGGCCUCAGUGAAGCAACCGGCAGAACUUCCUUCCUACUUGAGAAGAGCUUGCAUUGCACAUGCUGGCAGAUUAACUCCGUUGUAUGAAUAUAUCCCUAGAAUGAGAAACACUACGAUAGAUUUGGCCCCCACAAAAACAAAUCCAUUGCCUGACAAGAAGUACAGCACCCUGGUAUCUCUCAGUGGGCACCUAUUUGAUAAGUUCCUUAUAAAUGAAGCUUUGGACAUCAUUGAGACAGCUGGAGGUUCAUUUCACUUGGUUAGAUGUGAAGUUGGACAAAGCAUGGAUGAUAUGUCGUACUCAGAGCUUGAAGUAGGAGCAGAUGAUACUGCUACAUUGGAUAAAAUUAUUGAUUCCUUGACUUCUCUAGCUAAUGAACAUGGUGGAGAUCACAAUGCCAGGAAACAAACUGAAUUAGCUCUGAAGAUAGGAAAAGUCAAUGAGUGUGAAACUGAUGACACAGUUGAUAAAGGAGGGCCAAAGGUUUUAAUUCUUGGAGCUGGAAGAGUUUGUCGACCAGCUGCUGAGUUUCUAGCAUCUUACCCAGCCAUAUGUACCUAUGGUGUUGAUGACCAUAACGCAGAUCAAAUUCAUGUUAUUGUGGCAUCUUUGUAUCAAAAAGAUGCAGAAGAGACAGUUGAUGGUAUUGAAAAUACAACUGCUACCCAGCUUGAUGUUUCUGAUAUUGGAAGCCUUUCAGAUCUUGUUUCUCAGGUUGAGGUUGUAAUUAGCUUGCUGCCUACUAGUUUUCAUGCUGCCAUCGCAAGAGUAUGCAUAGAGCUGAAGAAGCACAUGGUAACGGCAAGCUAUGUUGAUGAAUCCAUGUCAAACUUGAGCCAAGCUGCCAAAGGUGCAGGUGUAACUAUACUUUGUGAAAUGGGCCUAGAUCCUGGCAUAGAUCACUUGAUGUCAAUGAAGAUGAUUGAUGAAGCUCAUGCUCGAAAGGGAAAAAUAAAGGCAUUUACAUCUUACUGUGGUGGAUUGCCAUCUCCAGCUGCAGCAAACAAUCCACUUGCCUAUAAAUUCAGUUGGAACCCAGCUGGUGCCCUCCGGGCAGGGAAAAAUCCUGCUGUCUACAAAUUUCUUGGAGAGACGAUCCAUGUAGAUGGUCAUAACUUGUUUGAAUCAGCAAAGAGGCUCAGACUACCAGAGCUUCCAGCUUUUGCUCUGGAACACUUGCCAAAUCGGAAUUCCUUGAUAUAUGGAGAACUUUAUGGUAUCUCCAAAGAAGCAUCUACCAUAUACAGGGCUACUCUUCGUUACGAAGCUAACACAGACUUAGAUAUUGAAGCCUGUGGUGGAUAUGAUGAUGAAAUGAUUGCCAGACUGUCGAAGCUCGGGUGUUGCAGAGAUAAGGAAAUAGCUGCUAAGACAGUCAAAACCAUCAAGUUCUUGGGACUACAUGACGAGACUCAAAUUCCUAAGGGUUGUUCAAGUGCAUUUGAUGUGAUUUGCCAACGAAUGGAACAGAGGAUGGCCUAUGGCCACAAUGAGCAAGACAUGGUACUGCUCCACCACGAAGUCGAGGUGGAAUACCCAGACGGGCAACCCACCGAAAAGCACCAAGCGACGCUACUGGAGUUCGGGAAGGUUGAAAAUGGCAGAUCCACCACUGCCAUGGCCUUGACCGUUGGUAUUCCAGCAGCAAUAGGGGCCCUGCUAUUGCUACAGAAUAAGGUCCAGACAAAAGGAGUGAUCAGGCCUCUGCAACCGGAGAUCUACAUUCCAGCAUUGGAGAUCUUGGAGUCGUCAGGCAUCAAGCUGAUUGAGAGAGUGGAGAUUUGA